AUCGCUAAGAAUACAACUAUAAAGGAGCUGAUGACGACAAGAAUAGCAAGACAUGCUUCAAAAAAAGCAUUGACACCAGUCAAUAUCAACUAUAAGCCAUGCCCUUUCAACCAUUUUCCAGAGGCAGACUUUGAUCAAACAACUAACUACAGCAUAAUCUAUGCAGAAGAAAACUCAAUUGUAGAGGAGGUUGGUCACUUUGAUUAUUUGCUUGCAUGCAGUGAGCAAGAAAACACAGUGACUACAUAUUAUACUGAAGGAACGCCAUUUGAAACACCUCCACAUUUUUCUACUUCAACUUCUACAUCAGAUUUACUGAGAUUUGACGAUUUGAAAACACCGAGUUCUGUUCAAAUCGAAUCAAGAAGCAUUUCAACUAAUCGAUUAACGGAUACCAAAGACAAACCAAACGCAAAAUUAGAGAGCUACAUGGAAUUCAGAAACGAAGAAAAAGAGUGUGAAAGCACUGACAUAGAAAUAUACUUACCAGAUGACUCGGAUGAAUAUGAUUACAAAUGCGAUGAAGAUAGAUCAGAGCGCAUUAUUAAUGUCACGCCUUCACAGUCACCAAUUGAACAAUUCGAAAAUGAUAAGGAAGCCAGGAUGGUAACAUUUAGUGGUGAAGACCGAUUUUCCCAGCAGACACCGCUUAUGUUUUCUAGGUGCAGUUCUCUUGGUUCACUUAGUGGCUAUGAACAGCAGUCACUCCUUGAUGACCGAAGCUCUGUCAUCAGCGAUUUUAGUAGGCGGACUAGUGAGGUAGUGUCCCCAAGCGAAUUACCUGAUUCACCUGCACAAUUUAUACACUCUGGACAGCUACGAGACAAAAGGUUGACGAGAAAGAAGCUUCAACAGAUACGUGACAAACCUCAGACAUCCGAGACUUUUCUUGGACAACAGGAGGGGUCCAAGUACAGUGUUUUUGAAGACAACUUGGCCAUAUUUAAGGAAGAAUCUACUCCAGUGAAAUUCCAGUCCGUAGCAGCGAGUAGUUUGAGUUCUUUAACCAUAGAUGACGAGUAUGACGUUGAUGAACCAGAGUCAGAGAACAAGGCAACAUUGUACAAAACCCCAAAAACGUCGAUCGCUGAUAUGCAGAUCAGUGGCAUGGGUGAUGAGAAAAAAAAGUCAGACCAUGGAAUCGAAGAGAAUCCUUAUGUUUUGGUUGAAGAAGAAAAAAUUUUAGAUGAAUAUAUAAAAAAAGGCAUUGCUAAAGUUACAAAGCAAAACAUAAAUGACAUAUCUUCAUUUAACUUGCACGUUAAUAGUGCAUAUGACUCUGAUACUGAAAAAUUAGAGCCAUUAGAUGAAAGCUCUGAUUUAACUUCCGAGGAAGAACAGUUGUUGGAUGAAUGUAUUAGAAGAGGAAUUGCCAAAGUUACAAGGCAAAAUAUCAAUGAUGUUUCUUCUUUGAGUUUGGAUACCAAGAUUUUAGGGGUCAGUGCUAAACAAAACUGUGAGAAAACUUCUGAAACGAGGAACAGCAAAAUCAAUGAAACUUGAAGAGAAAGCGUUGCCUGUUAAUUAAAAUAACUCUAUAACUGUGAGUGAUUGAAUUAUCAAACGAGCAUGUUUAUUUUUAGUAUUAAACAAAAGUUUGUAAAUUUUAUGUAGUUACCUGAAAUUCUACACAAUAAUUUG